AUGCUACUUGCAAACUUUGUGCGAUCGGGGGAGAGUCCUGUCGUACGUGUCUGGACGAACUUCCUCCUCCCGGGAGACUGGGUGGGCUUUCUCGCGGUGCGCCUGAGAGGCCGCACGGUGAUCGCGCAGCUCGUGUGCUUGCGGCCGGGAGCAGUGAGCCGCGCCUUCCGUCAGAUGGGCACCCCAUCAGACUACAGCUUCGCCUACAGCUUCUACCUGCGGUGUUGUGGCCUCCACGCGCAGCACCAGCAGUUGGCACGGCGCUACUGGCGAAACUCCGAGGUCUUCCGAGCCUUCUUCCUGGGCCGGAAGGUGGACUGGAAGGGCAAGGUCCGGUGGAGCCGACAGACGAGCUCAGCGGACACGGUGAUGGUCCAGAUGAAACUUCGCGAGAGUGUUUUCGGUGAGCCGCUGCUUCUGUUUGCCGAGCCUGGCAUGCUUGCACGAGGACCCUCCUUGAGCUCCGGCACAUGGAUCUCGUUCUCGGCGGAGCUUGUGGAUCAGGGCGGUCGCCUCUUCUGCCACCGCCUGCGCCUCCUGCAGCCUGUACAGAUCACAGAGGAGGAGCGCUGGCCGGAGUCGGACACCGAAAGCGAGACAGAGCCGGAAACCGACCAGGUAGAGGCGGAAUCGUCAUCAUCCGGCGACGAACGGUGGAAUCGGCGGCGUUUGGAUUCUGACGACUCGCAGCCGCACUCGCCGUACACCCUCGUGGGCAGUGAGGAGGAGCAGGAGCCGGUGGUGGACCCCGGAAGUGCGUCGACAUCGGAGCCCUUGCUUCCCGUCCCCUGA